GCUUCUUGGUGAAUUUUUGGAUGAAGCCAUUAAAUUAAUUGCUUGCCAUCAUGAGCAGAAGCAAGCGUGACAACAAUUUUUAUAGUGUAGAAAUUGGAGAUUCUACAUUCACAGUCCUGAAACGAUAUCAGAAUUUAAAACCUAUAGGCUCAGGAGCUCAAGGAAUAGUGUGUGCCGCUUAUGAUGCCAUUCUCGAAAGAAAUGUUGCAAUCAAGAAGCUAAGCCGGCCAUUUCAGAAUCAAACUCAUGCUAAGCGGGCCUACAGAGAGCUAGUUCUUAUGAAAUGUGUUAAUCACAAAAAUGUAAGUGAUCUUUUGAAUGUUUUCACACCACAGAAAUCACUAGAAGAAUUUCAAGAUGUUUACAUAGUCAUGGAGCUCAUGGAUGCAAAUCUUUGCCAAGUGAUUCAGAUGGAACUAGAUCAUGAAAGAAUGUCCUACCUUCUCUAUCAGAUGCUCUGUGGAAUCAAGCACCUUCAUUCUGCUGGAAUUAUUCAUCGGGACUUAAAACCCAGCAAUAUAGUAGUAAAAUCAGACUGCACUUUGAAGAUUCUUGACUUUGGGCUGGCCAGGACUGCAGGAACGAGUUUUAUGAUGACACCUUAUGUAGUGACUCGCUACUACAGAGCACCUGAGGUCAUCCUGGGCAUGGGCUACAAGGAAAACGUUGACAUUUGGUCAGUUGGGUGCAUCAUGGGAGAAAUGAUCAAAGGUGGUGUUUUGUUCCCAGGUACAGAUCAUAUUGAUCAGUGGAAUAAAGUUAUUGAACAGCUUGGAACACCAUGUCCUGAAUUCAUGAAGAAGCUGCAACCAACAGUAAGGACUUAUGUUGAAAACAGACCUAAAUAUGCCGGAUACAGCUUUGAGAAACUCUUCCCUGAUGUACUUUUCCCAGCUGACUCAGAACACAACAAACUUAAAGCCAGUCAGGCAAGGGAUUUGUUAUCCAAAAUGCUGGUAAUAGAUGCAUCUAAAAGGAUCUCUGUAGAUGAAGCUCUCCAGCACCCAUAUAUCAAUGUGUGGUACGAUCCGUCAGAGGCAGAGGCUCCACCACCAAAGAUACCUGACAAGCAGUUGGAUGAAAGGGAACACACAAUAGAAGAGUGGAAAGGUGCAGCAGUGAUCAAUGGCUCUCAGCAUCCGUCAUCAUCGUCGUCUGUCAAUGAUGUGUCUUCAAUGUCAACAGAUCCAACUUUGGCCUCGGAUACAGACAGCAGUCUAGAAGCAUCAGCUGGACCUCUGGGCUGCUGUAGAUGACUACUUUGGCCUUGGGGGGGUGGGGGAGGGAUAUGGAGUUGCUUAGUCAUUAAUAGAACUACUUUGAAAACAAUUCAGUGGUCUUAUUUUUGAGUGAUUUUUCAAAAAAUGUAGACUUCAUUUUGUAGUAAAGUAGUUUAUUUUUUUUAAUUUCAAGUGAUGUAAUUUAAAACUUAAGUUGUGUUUUAAAACAGCAACAAAACUGUAUUGUAUUUUUUGCUGUAAUUAACUGUAUAAUGUAAACCUAAUUAUUUUAUCAUGGUUUAAAUUUUUUGCAUAUUUGCUUUAUCUUAUGCUGCUGUUUUUUUUUUUUUUACUGAAUUUGUAAGAUUUUGUUUAUCAAAGCAACUAUUAUAUGGUGACUUGCCUAUAUCAUGAAUUAUUUAAGAUUUUUAUAGUUUUUUUAUUAGAAUGUAUUUCAGAUGUUUUGUUGAUGUUACUAUCCUUCAGGGUUAUGUGCUUAUCAAUGAAAUAACCCCAGAUGAGUGAGGGAGAGUAACCUGUAGCCAGUUAUAUUCAGGAAUAACUACUGUAAAUGAUGAACGUGUUAAGAGACCUCCAAUAUUUGCUACUUGCCAAUCCUAAUCUAGUUAACAACAAGUGGUAGGCAAUCCUACCUGAAUUCUGCCAAAAAACCCAUCAUCUAAAUGGCAGAAUAACUCAGAGCAUGUCUUUGAAGAUGCUGGGUGUCUACUCCACCUUCUUAUCUUUUCACCCCACCCAACAAAAGUCAAGUAAAAAGAACAUGGUGUAUUCUGCAAAUUUGUGGCAUGCUCAAAGCUUAUGAUCACAUAAAGUCAAGAGAAUACUUCAUGAAUAACACAUUUCAAUGCAAAUAAACAGAUGGUUCACUUCUACUAGCUAUGAGCCUGUUUUUGUAUAUACUGAGUUGAACUACUCAGGCUGUAGGUCCCAGCAAUGGUCUAGAUUCUAGUCUUUUCCUUUCCUGCACCCUUGGGCCCUUGAACCUUUCUGGUUUCCUAUUACUUGGAGUGUCAGUCAGUUGAACACCAGUUCUCAUGGUGUUUCUGGCCAUUUGAUUCUACCUGUAGCAUAAUCAUAUUUAUACUAGCUGUCAGGAGGUUCCAAAGCCUGCUUAGAUUUGUGUAGGUGAUGUAUCAAAUGAGCAAUAUACCGUUCAUCUGAAAAUAGUAGCACACAGCCAUAUGUAGGAUAUCAUUUUCUAAGGACUAUUUCUUCACAAUGAGCAGAGCAGGCAUAAAUGGUGGUUAUUUACUCUGAGUCUUUCAUUUUUCCAUACCUAAUUUUCAAUAUGAUAUGCAAUGUGGAUGUUGAGUAGUGUAAGAAUGGUGCUGCUCCUGACAGGUGUGUUAACUGUUUACAUUUUAUAUCUGCAGAGUUAUUUUCUCUAUAACUGAAUUUUCCCUAAGUAAAUGUCAUUGAAGUUUCAUUAUUUCUGAAAUACAUUAUCUGUAAUGACCCCAGGCACCUUUUGUCAUCUCUGGAGCAAGAAGGAUUUCAUGUAAUGAACUGGGAAGUGCAUACUUAAAUAAACAGCAAGGUCUAGGCAGAAAGCCCACUGGAAUUCAUGACCAACAGGAGCAAGAACAGAUGCAGCUCAACAUGCUAUGUCUGGAAGUUCGCUUGGCGUUUCAUUCAUAUUUUAGUGCAAAAUUCCUUUUAAUUAAGGUAUUUUAGGUCUUUGUUAACGUGCAAUAUUUAAGAUUAAAAUACAUUAGCCUUUUUAUAUACUUUGAAACAGCAAGUUUGUUUUUGAUGGUUUAAAGUCAUGAUUUCCAACCUCCCAGCCUUUUUAUCAAUCUCUUUUCUACUUAUACAACAUGGUGCAUUAAUUUUAUUAGGCAAAUUAGAGUUUUGAGACUACAGCACCUCUUAAAUUGUAGGAACACAGGAUUGGAUUCAUGAAUUUAGCAGCAAUUUGAGCACAAGUGCGUUCUCAGUUUUUAUUAUUUGACAGUUUUAUUUUCUCUAGCAUAAAUUAUGUCACUAUUGCACUAUAACAGCUGAAGUGCUUUCGGAGGAUUCCCAUACAGAAGAUUCCCAUAUUCUGUGUUUGCUUAUAAGCCAUCUCUAUUGAUACAGAUUUUGGUUAAGCAAGGAAAACCAGGUGUUCUGACUAUCAUUUGUUGUAAAUGCCAGCUCCCAUUUGCCAACCAUCAUGUUUUGGUUGAAGUCGAAGAAAACAAACUCUUGUUACUUAAUUUGUUAAGUAUUUUAGUUUACAUUAUAUCCUAAAAGUAAGGUCUGUUUAUUAUAUGUUAUGUGCCCUAGGUUUUUAAAAUACAGUAUCUAAAUAUAACUUACCCUCUUCGCUUAAAUUCAUUAAGCUAAAUAUGUAUUGGUUUGUUUUUACGUUAGUACUAUUAGACCAUCUUAAACAUUUGUGAUUUUUUUUAAAGAGAAAUUACAAAUAACAUUUCUAUCAAAUAGGACUUGUGUAAAGCCACCUUUCUUAUAACUUUGGUUUUUCAAUUUAUACACUUAAUAUACUUACUGUCUUAUUAUCAGAAAAUUAUUUGACCAAGAUUUAUUAUUCAGCUUUUUAGGUUAGGAAAGAGAUGCUAAUUCUUUCUACAUAUGUCUUCCUGGUUACUGUUCUUUUACUCUCUAACAUAUACUGACCAUUUAUAAAAUGAUUGUGUUGUUGGGAUGGCUUAAUUAUAAUGUACAUAAAUAGAGCAUCUGGGCUCUUUCAUAGUGUUUGCUGAACAGUUUUCAUUUUGUCACGCACCUUUGGCUGCUGAUUGUUCCUGGCAUGCCCUCUUCCAAGUUGGUAAAGGCACCAUUCAUUCACACCAGACUUCCUAAGAGAAAUACCCUCCCUUUAAAUGCAGAGGCUACCACACACACCCUUAACAAUACAGAGAAGCUUGAUUGUGCAUGAAACAGCAAACUUUCCUGAAAACCUUUUUAUUCUGUUCUGUGCUAAUCCUGCUGUGUUGUCCAAAAAGAUGAAGGCGAAGAGGACAUCAGUGUCUGAUAGUGAAAUUGGCAGCAAGCAAGUGAAGUUGUUUCCUUGAUUAUACAUGAGACUUGGUUUACACUGUCGGCCAGUAUCCGCUACAUAUAUGAAGACUUAACUAUCAGUGUUGCCUGGGCACUAGCCUGUACAACAUUUUGAGGUAAAAACGUAGUAUAUUUUCAGAAAUACUGUUGUAGUUUGUGAGUGUUGUUCAUUAGUCACACAUUAGCUGUAGAGUGGAUGCAUGAAGCCCCGUGGCCCCAGUAACUUUCUCUUUACCAAUAGAAAAACCACCACCAUUUUGUCAUUAGCAGCUCUCUUAAAUGUUGCUUCUCCAUGUCCUGUUGCAUUUUAGUGUGCAUUGUGUUUCAAUUGAUUUCUCUUAGGUUUUUCCUGAAUCAAAGGAAACUUUUCCUUAGUAGGAAGAAAGAUGAAGAGGUAAAGGGCAUUGAAGCAGAAAUGUAUAGUUUGGGGUAUGAUUAGAAAACUCUUAAGGAAAACAAAAGUCCUAAUUGAUUUCAAACUAACUCUUAGUUAAGUGCUCUUAAGGAGAGUCCAGUAAGAGUAACACUUUCUGGCCAUUUCUGGUUUAGAUUCUCUUUGUUACUGAAACUUUGGGGAAAUAUUACCUGUGGAUUAGUUUUGCACAAUGUUCUAUUCUAACAAUGACUUACAAAUUAAACUAGGUCUUUAUUGAACUACCUCACACUAGUUUUCUAUGCUUUCCCAAGUAAGCUAUUGCCCUUACUGUUAGAUCUUUACUGAGUGUGAAUUAUAAAUGUGCAUUAAAUACUUCAUAGACAAUGUUGACACAAUACCAAUAAGUAUGUAAAAUAUAUACCUUUCAUCAGUAAGAGACACUCACGUGUAAAAUGUGUCACUGUGUAUCUUGGAAAAUUGUGUUAGAUGUGCUUGUUGACAUUAUUACUGUCUGUUUUUGUAAGUAGAAACCUGCUCGUCAUAUCAGUCCAUUCUUUACAUUUUACAAAAGGAAUAAAUCUUAGUAAAUUUUGCGAAGAAAUAAAUUACUUUUGUAGGCCCAAUAUUUGGUAUAUUUUUAAGAAGCUGUUAAUCUUUUAGCCGAAUGAUGAAGUUAAACUGAAGUAACUGCCUGAACUGUGACAUCUAUUUUCUCAUUACAGUUUAUCCUGUUCAGGUGUUCAAACCUGGAAACCUAUGAUAAUUGACAUUUGCUUUUCUCCCUAAAUGAUGUCAUCCCUUCUCAUUCCUCCUUCCCUGUGUUCCGUUCCCUCUCUUCUCCUCUAAACAAAACGAAAUGGGGCACUUUGUAGGGAAUGCUAAGAUCAUUAUUGUGGUUUUUAAUCAUUCAUGCCCUAGUCAUUAAACACGCACCACUGGAAUGUAAACAAUGUUACCUAGUAUGUCAAUUGGUUAUAAUAUUUUAAAUAAAAAAGAAAAAAGUGGUAUGAAAA